UUGAAGUUGUUUAUAGUUUCUUAAGUUGUUCACUUAAAAAAUUGCUAGUAAAAAGGAAAAGCAACAUUUCAAGGUAUGAGAAAGCAGUUUGGCAGGCCAUGUCAGUGUCAGAAUUUUACCAAAAAAGACAGAGAAUGUGUUGAAUCAUCCAUUUUCUUUCCAGGUUGUUCUGGAAUUGAUAGAGCUACGUGAAUUGGGUGCUGCCAGGUCACUUCUGAGACAGACUGACCCCAUGAUCAUGUUAAAACAAACACAACCAGAGCGGUAUAUUCAUCUGGAGAACCUCUUGGCCAGGUCUUACUUUGAUCCUCGUGAGGCAUAUCCAGAUGGAAGUAGCAAAGAGAAAAGAAGAGCUGCAAUUGCCCAGGCCUUAGCUGGGGAAGUCAGUGUGGUACCUCCAUCUCGCCUCAUGGCAUUGCUGGGGCAGUGUGAUCCGUCUUAUCAUGCAGUACCUGAAGGAGAACAGUUUACAUCGGGCAUUGGCUACCUUACAGGAGGAGACUACUGUGUCUCUGAAUACUGUGGACAGCAUCGAGAGUUUUGUGGCUGAUAUUAAUAGUGGCCAUUGGGAUACUGUUUUACAGGCUAUACAGUCUCUGAAAUUGCCAGACAAAACCCUUAUUGACCUCUAUGAACAGGUAAGAGUGGUAGUGAUGCUGAUGCCCAUGGAUGGGUUUAUUGUGUGCCUCCUGACUGGGAAGUAGAGUGAGCAUUCCUAUAAGCACUCUAGGGGUAUGACUUCCUGUAAAACUUACACUGUCAGAGUCUGACAAC